AUGGAACAGCAUCAAUUACAAUUCUUACCGAAAGAUACAGUUGAAAUAGACUAUGAAGCAUUACCGGAUGAUGCAUCUCUCGUAGCUCAUUUAUCGGCUGGAGCAUUUGCUGGAAUAAUGGAGCAUACUGUCAUGUACCCUAUUGAUUCAUUAAAGACAAGAAUGCAAGUGGCAACUUCAACUCAAGAAUUUUCUAAGUCUGUCAUAUCGACUAUAAAUAAAAUUAGUUCAAGUGAAGGAGCUUAUUCACUUUGGAGAGGUGUUUCAUCAGUAGUGGUUGGAGCAGGUCCAGCUCAUGCGGUAUAUUUCUCUGUAUUCGAAGCUGCAAAGACCUUAUUAGUUAAUAGAAUUAUUCAUAAUGGGAAUCCUAAUCAUUCAAAUACAAAUAGUAAUGGAUCAAGUAAACUUGUUACUGAUGAGAAUCAUCCUUUAAUUGCAUCUUUAGCAGGGAUUGCUGCAACUACAGCUAGUGAUGCAUUAAUGACACCAUUUGAUGUACUUAAACAAAGAAUGCAAGCUACUGCAUCUUCUUCAAAUCAAUUGCAAAAGGGUAAAAAUAAUACAGUUAAAUUACUUCAAACAGCUUCUUCACUCUAUAGGCAUGAAGGUGUCAGUGCAUUUUAUAUUUCAUAUCCUACUACAUUAUUUACCAACAUACCGUUUGCUGCUCUUAAUUUUGGAUUUUAUGAAUACUGUUCUCUCAUGUUAAAUCCAGAUAAUAAUUAUAAUCCAUAUUUACAUUGUGUUUCUGGUGGUAUAGCUGGUGGGAUUGCAGCUGCAUUAACAACCCCAUUAGAUUGCAUUAAGACAGCCUUACAAACAAGAGGUAUUAGUCAAAAUGAAAAUUUAAGAAAUGUUACAGGUUUUAAAACGGCUGCUAGAGCUAUACAUAAAGAAUUCGGAAUUAGAGGAUUUCUUAAAGGAUUAAAACCUAGAAUCAUAUUUAAUGUUCCAAGUACGGCUAUUAGUUGGACAGCAUAUGAAAUGGCUAAGGAGAUCUUAUUGAGAUAG